UUAAAUUUUAACACCAAAUCUUAUCCGUCCAUUUCAAUUAAUCUGAUGGUCCUUGUUUAUUUGAUAAAUCAGUUCAUGUGAUCUUCUCGGUGCUCCUCAUUAGUACUCUACAACAGCGCUGAAGAACAUCCCAACAUUUAACUAAACUUUUCAAUCUCUCUAUCGUUUCAUUUAUCUGCAGUGAUUGGUUUUUUUUUUUAACAACUGCUGCGAUUGGUUUAUUUUUGUUUGAUCCAAAUGUUCAUCUUAAUCGGUGAUCAUAAUCCUAACACCUAAUGCUAAUGCACGUCUCUUUAUCGUUUAAACACAAUAAAACCCACAAUUCAAAAAAAAGAAAAAGAUAAAGCACCUGGAUGAAAUUCAUGAACCUAGAAACAAAAUCGUGAGUAGAGUAUUGCAUUUGCAUCGUAGUCAUGAAAUUCGUGAAUUAUCACAUAAUUUUCCAAUAUUUUGCCAUUGCAUCACUAAAAAAUUGGAAAGAGAAAGCACCUGAAUAAAUAACACAGAUUGAGAAAGGCCUAGAAUCAUAUAUAAGUGUGGAUUUUGUCAAACACAUGUUGAAACAGAGGGCACGAUGAAUGCGUAGCGCAAAAAAAAUAAAGUUAGGGAGUGGUUAGCAAGAGUCAGGAACAUGUGCGCAAAUUAAAUGAAUAAACAUAGCCCUUGGAUUAAUUGUAAUUGACGGAUUAGAUUUGGUGUUAAAAUUUAGUUUGACACCUGGUGUCAAUGGAUCCUAACUCAUUAUAUAUAUAACAACUAUGUUUUCCUUGAUCCUUAUCAAGACAGAACCAUAUUAAUUAUCAUCACAAACACCAAAAACAACAUUUUAGACUAUAUACAUGGCGGAUAGCGUUGUUUCGUUUCUUUUGGAACACUUAUCACAAUUGCUGCAACGCGAAGCUAAUUUGCUUUGUGGCGUGGAAGACAAAAUCAUAUCCCUCCGCAAUGAACUUGAAAUCAUAAAUGUCUACCUCAAAACUUCCCCUCAAGGGAAGAACAACAACAACAAACAGAUUGAACAGAAGGUUCUGAGUCAGAUCAGAGAUAUCUCCUACGUAGCCGAGGAUGUAAUUGACACAUUCAUUGCCAAUGUUUCCAUCUACAAGGACAGAAACGUACUAGGAAGAAUGAUUCACAGCAUUGAUCACGCAAAUUUACUCCACGACGUAGCAGAGAAGAUUGACAAGAUCAAAACAACACUCAAUGAGAUACAUGAAAACAAGAUCAAAUACAAUCAAGAAAGUACUGAUCAAUCAGCAUCAGCAACAGAAGAUGAGGAGAGGACCCGAUCACUUCACAAAUUAAGAAGAAAUGUGGAGGAGGAAGAUGUUGUAGGCUUUGUCCAUGAAUCUGAAGAAGUCAUCAAUAGACUCAUAGAGGGUGGUUCGCCUCGUCUCAACGUUGUUUCAAUCAUUGGUAUGGGUGGGCUGGGCAAAACAACUCUUGCCCGAAAGGUCUAUAACAGUGAAAAAGUGAAGAAACACUUCAAUAGCCGCACAUGGAUUUACGUUUCAAUUGAGUGUAGAGUCCGAGAACUUUUGAUGGGCAUUCAUAAAAAUUUAAUGUCAAACCAUGCUUAUGAAUGUAGAAGGAGCAGCAACAAAAAGAAGAGUAAGAAACACAAAGAAGCUGUGAAUAAUUCUGAUGAUAUCUCUAACUUAAGUGAUGAUGAGCUUAAGAAAAGAGUGUGGGAAUGCUUGAAGUGGGAAAAAUAUUUGCUAGUUCUUGAUGACUUGUGGAAAGUACAAGAUUGGGAUGAGGUAAAAGAUGUUUUUCCCGACGAAAACAGAGGAAGCAGAAUACUGAUAACUAGUCGUUUGAAAGAAGUUGCUUCGCAUACCAGUCGAGAUCCUCCUUAUUGCCUUCAAUUUCUGAAUGAAGAACAGAGUUGGGAGCUCUUCUCCAAAAAAGUUUUUAGAGGAGAAGAGUACCAUUGUGAUGUUGGAUCUCUAGGUAAGCAAAUCGUUAAAAGUUGUGGCGGGUUGCCACUCUCAAUUGUGGUGCUAGCAGGGCUUCUAGCAAACAAGGAAAAGUCACACAGAGAAUGGUCCAAAGUGUUAGGACAUGUCAAUUGGUAUCUUACCCGAGACGAGACCCAAGUUAAGGACGUAGUACUUAAACUCAGUUUCGACAACUUGCAUUCAAAAUUAAAACCAUGUUUUUUAUAUCUAGGGAUAUUCCCUGAAGAUUCUGAAAUAUGUGCAAGGCAAUUGUUGCACCUAUGGGUCGCUGAAGGAUUUAUACAAGAAACAGGAAGUAGGGAUCCAAAUGACGUUGCUGAAGACUACUUGUACGAGCUCAUUGAUCGUAGUUUGAUCCAAGUAGCACGAGUGAAGGAUAGUGGAGGCGUGAAAACAUGUCGCAUCCAUGAUCUUCUCAGAGAUCUUUGUAUAUUAGAGAGCAAAGAGGACAACCUCUUCCAAGUUUGCACAGAUAACAACAUUUUGAUCCCCACAAAACCUCGCAGAUUGUCUGUCCAUUCUAGCAUGUCUCACUAUGUUUCUUCAAGCCCCAAUGACCAUUCAUGUGUUCGUUCUUUGUUUUGCUCUGACCCGAACUGCUUCGUUUACAGCAAUGACUGGAAAUGGCUUUGCAAAGGCUUCAAAUUGGUUCGUGUGUUGGAUCUUUGGGGAAAGUAUUGUUGUAAGAUUCCUUCAAACUUGGGAAACUUUGUCCACUUGAGGUACUUGAGAAUAGGCUCACAAUAUAUUAGAAGUGUUCCUGAUUCUAUCUGCAACCUUCAAAAUCUACAAACAUUAGAUUUUGGAUCUACGACCAGGAGGACCACCACAAUUUCUUUCCCCUAUGGAAUAACAAAGCUCAAGCAUCUAAGACAUUUGUAUACUUUUGGGCCUAUUAUGCUACGUGGUCGUCGUUCGGACGAUGAAGUUAUGUGGAAUCUUCAAACCAUAUCUUCCAUUGUACUCAAUAAAGAUACCACAUAUCUCAUAGAUAAAGGAAGUUUCCCCAAACUAAGAAAAUUAAGAUUGCAUGUCUCCUCAAACUUCAAGGGAGAUGUGCCCAAAAUGUUGCUUAGUCUACAACAUUUGAGGCAUUUGAUUAAGCUAGAAAUCUACUUCGACUUGAAUGGUUGGCCACACUCACGACGAUUGAAGAUUAGUUAUAAGCCCGAGGAAGUAUUACAAAGUUUGAAGCACUUGAGACAUCUCAUGAUACUAAAAAUGAUCAAUACCACCAACAUUGUAACCUCUGUAUUCAUGUUUCCUCCCAACAUUACCAAGUUAACAUUGUCACGUAUUAGCUGCUUGAAUGAUGAUAAGAUGAAAGUUAUUGGAAGUCUCACUAAACUCCAAAUUUUGAUCUUAAAUGGAGACAAUUGCUAUAGGUCUUCAAAUUCAUUUUUUGAUCUUAAUUGUGUUGAAGGCGAGUUCCCACAGUUGCAAUAUUUUCAAAUGGUAAAUUUGCUCAUUCGAAAUUUGAAAUUAGCCGAUGGUUCGAUGACCCGCCUUCAAACCCUUGCUAUUAACCGCUGUGAUAAGUUGGAUAGCCUCCCAUGUGAACUAUGGUCUUUGACUACCUUAAAAAAAGUCUAUGUUCAGAAACCCUCCUAUGCAAUGGCAGCAAUGUUACAAAAUUUGGAAGUUAUUAAUGGAUGUCAGCUCAUAGUAGAAUAAUUAAAAUUGUAACUAGUGCUUCUUUGAUUCCAAUGUAACGUGGUUUUGUGUUUUAUUUACGGCCUUGGGUAGAGAUGAGAGGGGGAAUUGGCGGAACUACAGAAAGUGGGGAACAUGGUACCAUUCAAAUAUAAUAAAAUUCUUCUUUUAGGUUGAUUGAAUAUUUAUGAAUUUGAUCUAAAUAUAGACCAAAUACAUAAAUUAUUCAAUAAACCUAAAAAGAUAAUUAAAAUGUCCACUUUAUAAUACCAAUCGUUGGGGCAAUGGUAAUUGUUUGCGGUCUUGGCAUGAUGUUUGGUUCAGACAUGUUAGUUUAAAGGAAUUAUAUCCCCAUUUGUUUAGCAUAGCGCGACAUCCUAAUGUUGUAGUCACAAAAGUUGGUGAUUGGCCGGAACAUGUUUGGUCAUGGCGCUUACAGUGGACUGCGGUGCUUUCAAGUGUUGAUCAAGAAGCUGUUGUUGAGUUGUUGUGUUUAUUGACAGGUAGUUGUCCCUCUUCGGACAGUGCAGAUCGAAGGAGAUGGCUGUCGGAUCAAAUAAGUGUUU